CGCGGAUAUUUCUUGCCCGUUGCCAUCUUUAUCCGUGGCCUAGCGACCGCGCCCAAAUUCCCGAAGCGCCGGCGCUGAGUGCCGGAGCGGGCGCCACCGCACUGGCUAUCGCCACCGGCGAGGCGGCACGGCUGCGGUCCUGCACUCCUACGGCCAGGGCCAUCCACGGAGAGAACGCAGAUCCGCUCCGUCGAUUGUCGAUGAGAUCUGUAAUGAGACAGCGAAGUCGCAUCGGCAAGUAAAUCCACAAGGUCACGCUCAAGCCAGCGAGGAGAUCAGCAGGCUAUUCCCUCCAUCUACAACAUCAGCGGGUUCUUCCAAAGCAGCGAGUUAAGCCCGUCUCCCCUCUAUCCCUCCUGUUUCUGGAGACCCUUCUCCGUUUCUGAAGAUUCAUGAGCUUGGCUGCAAAUUUUCUGCAAGCGCUUGUCUGAAUGUUUGGGUGCGGUUGCAGCUACGGUUGUUUGUCCAACUCAUUCAUGAGAGAGAAAUCAGAGGCGAGCAAGCAUGAAUUGAAUUUGGUGCUAGCUGAUGAUGCUGUGGUUUCGUUUGCUCCAGUAAUAAUGGAGCAAAGGAGCUGUAGCUGUGGGUUUUUGCCUUUUUGGUAUGGGAUUUAUCAAGUUAUGAAAUUACCAAUUGUAAAGAAUUUUCAGGCGAAACUAUUAUGAUAGUGAAUGUAGCUUGUGAAUUUUCUGGGAGGCUUUUUGUAAGGAAUAGACCGCCCACCCAACGACUUGUUUAGGAACCAACUUUGUUAGCCUGAUGGUGCCAAUUUAACCAAUCAGGCCACAAGAAAGGACUCAAUAAUUGUGACCAUUUGGAAACCGUGCUUCCAGAGUGCACACAACGCUUUCGCACCACCCAAAGUCUUGGCCCAGUGCUCCAGCUGGUAACCCACGGCACGCACCACCGAUCGGCGACGGCGAUGGAGGCGGCUGUCGGAGCGGCGAACUGGCUCCUUGGCAAGGUGCUCCGGAAGCUGUCCGAUGACCUGGUGGCUGGGUAUGUGGCCAGUCGUGAGCUCGGCCUCAACUACGACAAGAUCACGGACAAACUGAACCACACGCUCGGGCUGCUGCACGCGGCACAGCAGCGGGACGUCGCCGACAACCCUGGCCUGCAGCGCCUGCUGGAUGGCCUCUGCAAGAAGGCAGAAGAGGCAGAGGAUGCUCUGGACGAGCUCCACUACUUCAUGAUCCAAGACGAGCUCGAUGGCACCCGGGAGGCCACCCCGGAGCUUGGCGAUGGCCUCGGCGCUCAAGCUCUGCAUGCCGGCCAUGCUGCUCGCAACACUGCCGGUAAAUGGCUCUCCUGCUUCUCUUGUUGCCAACGUUCACAAGAUGCUGCUGCUGCUGCUGCUGCUGUUUCCAAUGACACACAUAACACAAGCAAGGCUAAGUCUGAUGACAAGUUGCCAUUCGACCGAGUGGCCAUAUCCAACAAAAUCAAGCAGCUGUUAGAGGGCAUGCACUCCAAAUGUUCUAUUAUCUCCGACUUGCUGAAGAUAAACCAAAGCAUUAGCCCAGUUUCUGUUGCAGGAAGCAUGGCAAACUCACUGGAACGCCCUGCCAUCGGAUCAACAAUUAGACAGGAUAAGUUGUAUGGAAGGAGCGCCGUUUUUAAUGAAACAAUAAAAGGCAUGACUAGUGGCACUUGCCAUGAAACCCUGUCCGUUCUUCCUAUAGUUGGACCUGGUGGUAUUGGAAAGACAACUUUCACCCAGCACCUCUACAAUGACAAAAGGACAGAGGAAAUCUUCACUGUUAGGGCCUGGGUAUGUGUAUCAACUAAUUUUGAUGUGCUCAAGCUCACCAAAGAGAUCCUCUGCUGCAUACCUGCACAUGAAAACGAAGGUGGAAGUGGAAACCAAACAGACAACUUAGACCAGCUUCAGAAAUCCAUUGCAAAGAGAUUGAGAUCAAAAAGGUUCUUAAUUGUCUUUGAUGAUAUAUGGCAAUGCAGUGAGGAUAAGUGGGCAAAUCUCUUAGCUCCAUUCAAAAUGAGAGAAGCUGGAACAGGUAGCAUGAUUAUUGUCACAACUCGGUUUCCAUAUAUAGCACAAAUGGUGAAGACAACUACUCUAGUCAACCUGGAAGGUUUGGAGCCUGCUGACUUCUGGAUUUUCUUUCAAGCAUGUGUAUUUGAUGAAUUCACAGUUGAUCAUGAUAAAGAAGAACUUAUUGAAGUUGCAAGAAAAAUAGCAGAUAAAUUGAAGUGUUCCCCACUGGCAGCAAAAACAGUUGGUCGGUUAUUGAAGAAGAGAUUUUCGCGAGAACAUUGGGUGCAGAUUCUUGAAAACAAGGAGUGGCUAAACCAAACCCAUGACGAUGAUAUUAUGCCUGCUCUGAAAAUUAGCUAUGACUACCUUCCUUUCCAUCUAAAAAAAUGUUUCUCAUAUUGUGCCCUCUACCCUGAGGAUUAUAAGUUUAAAAGCUUAGAGAUUGGUUGUUUUUGGAUUUCCCUUGGCAUCACAGACUCUGGUGGUCAGAAUGAUAAUGUUGAGGACAUUGGAUUGAAGUAUUUGGAUGAACUAUUUGACUAUGGUUUUAUGAUGAAAGGACACUAUGAUUAUUAUGUAAUACAUGAUUUACUGCAUGAGCUAGCACAGAUGGUUUCUUCAAAAGAAUGUGCCCACAUCAGUUGUUCUAGUUUUAGAGCAGAGAACAUCCCAUCAUCUAUUUGCCACCUAUCCAUCUUGAUGCAAAAUAAAUGCAUUGAAAAUUUUGGUGGAGAAAUGGAUAAAUUGAGGAGACAGAUAGACAUCGGAAAUUUGCGGAGUUUGAUGAUUUUUGGAAAAUACAGAAGGGCAAGCUUGGUCAAUAUUUUGAAAGAUACAUUUAAGGAAAUAAAGGGCCUGCGUGUUUUGUUUAUAUUCAUGAACUCCCCAGAUUCUUUGCCACACAAUUUCUCAAAACUUAUCCACCUUCGGUACCUAAAACUGAAAUCACCCCGUUACUCCAAAGUGUGUUUGCCCAGCACUGUGUCCAGGUUUCAUCACUUGAAAUUCUUGGACCUUGAAGACUGGGGAAGUAAUUGUGAUUUGCCUAAAGGCAUUAGCCGCCUUGUGAACUUGCGUCAUUUCCUUUCCAAUGUUGAAUUCCAUUGCAAUGUUCCCGAGGUUGGAAAAUUGAAGCUAUUACAGGAGUUGAAAAGAUUCCAUGUUAAGAAAGAGAGUGAUGGAUUUGAAAUAUGGGAGUUGGGUCAGUUGGAAAAGAUUGGAGGUGGACUCCAUAUAUACGGGCUUGAAAACGUCAGAACCAAGGAAGAAGCUAAUGAAGCCAAACUGAUGGCAAAAAGAAAUCUAACUGAGUUGGCUUUAGUUUGGAGUGGCGAGCAACCAUCCAUGGACGCUGAUAUUCUAGAUGGCCUCAAGCCGCACUCCAAUCUUAGAGCACUUGACAUUGUAAAUCAUGGUGGUGCCACUGGUCCUACUUGGUUGUGUAGCAACACACACUUGAAAAACUUGGAGACCCUGCAUCUGGAGGGUGUCUCUUGGUCCGCUCUUCCUCCUUUCGGGCUGAUGCAUCAUCUACGAACGCUCAAUCUGAAAAACAUUGUUGGGAUAUGCCAGUUUGGACAGGACUUCAUUGGUGGCAUCAGAGAAAAAAGUUUCACACAGUUGAAGGUGGUGGAGUUUGCUGAUAUGCCAGAACUUGUCGAGUGGGUUGGGGGAGCUAACACAGAUUUAUUCUCAAGGCUUGAAAAAAUUAGGUGCACUAAUUGUCCCAAGCUCAUCGCACUACCGAUGUCAGGGUUCCCUGAUCUGUGUGAUCUUUACACUGAUGCUUGCCCGCAGUUGUGCCUGCCUCCUCUGCCUCACACUUCCAAGUUAUAUUCUUUUAAAACAGACUUCCUACAUUAUGAUAAUAGAAAUUUGACCAUUUAUGAGAUGCACUGUGAAUUGGCCCUCCACAAUCUCGGUGAAGUAGAAAGAUUGAUAUUUAAGGAUGCAUCAUUCAUCUCAUUUACGGAUCUCCAAAAGCUACAUCCGUUAAGAAGAAUAGAUGUACGGAGAUGCAAUGGAGCAUUUCUGAGAGAACUGGAUGAUGGCACUGUGCUCCAAUUGGUUCAAACUCUACGACUGCAUAAAUUUUGUGUCACCGGAAGAUCAUUGUCAAGUUUGUUCAAAUGUUUCCCUUCUCUUUCUGAUUUGGAUUUAACAGCAUCAGAUGAGGAUUAUGACGAGAAGGAAGUGCUACUGCAGUUUCCACCCUCCAGCUCACUCAGACAUGUAAGGUUGCAUCGGUGUCAUAAUCUAAUUCUACCCGUGCAGGAUGGAGGUGGAUUCCAUGUCCUCUUAUCCCUGGAAUCAGUUUCGAUAUUGAAUUGUGGCAAGCUGUUCUCAGGGUGGUCCAUGGGAGUAGCAGAUUGCAGCAGCAUUAACCCUUUCCCUCCUCAUGUCAAGGAACUCCGGCUUUGGAAUGAACCUAGCAUUCUGUCAAUGGCCCUGCUCUCAAAUCUGACAUCUCUUACACAUCUUGGACUAAAUAAUUGCAAGAAUAUCACAUUGGAUGGGUUCAAUCCUCUCAUCACUUGUAGCCUCGAGCAUCUGUCGGUUUUGAAGUCACAAAAAAAUGGUGAAACUGAGCUCCAUUCUGUAGCAGCGGAUCUACUCGCAGAGGUGUCAAGGACCAAAACAAUGCCCGCAGGUUCCUUCCAACUGGUGAGCCUUCAAGUGAACAGCAUCUCUGCGGCGCUUGUUGCUCCCAUCUGCACCCGCCUCUCCGCUACCCUCCGAUAUUUAUGGUUCAUUUGUGACUGGCGGGCGGAGAGCUUCACGGAAGAGCAGGAGCAGGCGCUUCAGCUCCUCACCUCCCUUGAAAUCCUAUGCAUUGAUAGUUGCAAGGCUCUGCAGUCACUCCCUCAAGGCUUGCAUCGCCUCUCUUCUCUAGAGGAUUUACAGAUCUCAGGGUCGCAUAGAAUCAGGUCGCUGCCCAAGGAGGGCUUCCCCGACUCACUGCAACGCCUAAGUAUAUCCGAUUGCUGCCCAGAGCUUUACGAGGAAUGCCAGAAAUUAAGAGGAACACGGCCUGAUAUAGAAGUACGUGCCAAGCUACCAAGUAGGACUACUAAUGAAGAAGAUUGACAAGCAAUUAGUAUUGUGCUUCCGGACCUGUAAAGCGCGAUUCAAACAUUCAGCACUGAAAUCUAUAGCCUGAGCAAACAAUACUGAGUCCAAGGACUCAAUCCUGCAGUCCCUUGCUCAAGGAUCGCUGGAUCUCCUAAACAAUUCAGAUCGCUACCCAAGCAAGCGCUUCCAAAUUCACUGCAAUGGCUAUUCAAAACUAAUUAUUACGACGACACACACGACGUUGAUCAGGAAUCCUAGAAAUCAAGAGAAACAAGGCCUGAUAUAACUCUACUUGCCUGUCUACAUACUGAUGAAGAAUGACAAGCCGGCGCCACCGCUUGUUCGGCUAUGGCUUUCUUCUUCGGCAAUUACUUACUAUUGUGCUUUGGCAUGUCGUUUUUCACAAAAUUCAACCCUUCCCUUUACAUCCGUCUGCAAUCCUGGAAUUGCAUCCUACUCUGCAUCAAGGAUUAGUCCACAGUCGACACUCGACACCUGACAACAACUCAACCAAGAGCUGCAGGUCUGACCGACAUAGCAUGGCACCUGCUAGUACUUUGACGGUUGAAGGAUGAUGCGGUUCUCCAACAAGUGAUUCCACAUUUUAGUUUCGGAUUUGGAUUUGUAUAUAGCUCUGUUGUGGAAGGAGACAUCAAGAUAAAGCUAGCAGAGUACUGGACAGCCGGCGUUGAGGCACUAGCAGUGGACAUGUUGGCAUUCCUCUUCAGAUUCUAACUUGGUUGGCCAGUGCCAGUAUCUGUAUGUACUAUGUAGACUGUAGUCUGUAGAUGUAUGAUCACGUGCAAACACUAGCUGCCUCAAAGAUCAAACCACUUCUUACAAAUUAAGUAAAGCGCGUACAGGUACAAAAUGGGUUUUGACUGCUAAAACUGACCAGUGGGUUAUUUAAAUUUUUUUCUCCAAA